UGUCAACGUACUAUUGUGUCAAAUUUUAUUAUACAAUUUAUUUUCCAAGUUUUUAAUAGUGUUUUAUCUAUUUUAAUAAAUAAUUUUUGAAAAGUAUGUCAGGAGGUGACGGAAAACCACCAAUGUCUUAUUUAAUUCCCAGUCCUAUAAUAACGAAAAGAACAAGAACACCAUCAGUUUCCGAACGAAUUGUUAAAUCUAAAACACUACAUGGGACGAUAAAGGAGUUUUGCCGUGAGAAAGGACAUGGUUUCAUAAGUCAAGAAGACGGAUCUGGCGAUAUAUUCGUACACGUUUCUGACAUUGAAGAUGAAUACGUUCCAUUACCAGGGGAUCGCGUGAAGUUUCAAUUGUGCCCGAUACCGCCGAAAUUUGAAAAAUUCCAAGCGGUUCACGUGCAUAUUGUAGAUCUUAAACCUGAGGUACACAGAAAAUGGGACAAUCUUUUUUCUCACAUCAAUUGGGGUACAAGAUAGUCUAGAAAUAGUGAUUAUGAUACAUUUGUAUGGAAUUUUUUCAUUUUUACGAGGACAAUAAAAUUUUCAGUCAAAACUAA